AUGGGCAUGUGGCUUCCUGUUCACAAUGAAGAGUGGGAUGGGGAUGUGCCUCUUGGUUUUGACAGGGCUCCGAGUCCCCAUCGCGACGCUGAGAAAGGUACCCUAACCUUCAAGGGAAAUACCCUACCAUGGCUGGUUGGGCGCUAUGAGGUUCGUUAUCACCAUGAUGUCGACAAACCGGAAGAUGUCAACUUCACCACCGUUCGUGAAUCGCUUAAACGCAUCGUACCUUUAUGUCUCGAUGAAGAUCCUUCCCUCAUACCCCUCUCCUGCAAGCCAACCAAAAAACUCUCACAAGACGGCGAUUUCCCUCUUCACACGUCGGACACGCCUUCCAACUCGGGAAUACUCGAGGCAGAAUCAGAGCUUGAUCACGAGGGUCGCGAUCCAGACGACUUUAGUUUUUGGUCAGAACGACAGGCCAAGCGAAUAUGCUCCGCUAUCAAGCAAAUAUUCGAUGUAGAAUAUGCCCCGGAGGUCAUCGUAGCCGAUGCUAACCUGACCACGUUGGCAAAUCGAAUACUGGUGUCUAAAGAGAUUCUAUCCUCUGGUCCCUGA